GGGUUCGGAAAGAAGUUUUAUGAACCAGAAAUUUUAUCAUGUAGGUGGAAACACAGCCUGGAGGUACGAGGUGGAAUCCAACGCAAGAACAGAUAGGGAUUCUGGAGAUGCUGUAUAGAGGUGGGAUGCGAACUCCAAAUGCACAAAAAAUAGAACAAAUCACAGCGCAUCUAGGAAAGUAUGGUAAGAUUGAAGGCAAAAACGUUUUCUACUGGUUCCAAAACCACAAGGCACGCGAGAGACAAAAGCUGAAGCGCAGCAGCCUUGGCUUUACUCAUUCUGCGAGGAACUCAGCUCCCAUAACUACCAUAACUUUGGAUACUAGGGUGGAAAUAAUGGAAAGAUCCGAUGAGGAUAGUCCAUAUAAGAGGAGGUGCAAAAGCUGGUCGUUUGAGUACUUGGAAGAUGAAAGCGGAUCACCAUGUAAAGAGGAGGAAAACAGAACCCUGGAGCUAUUCCCAUUGCACCCUGAAGGCAGAUGAAAGGCGUUUGAAAGUGGAAAAGAGAGAUAGAAACCCAAAUACCCAAAAGAUAAAAAAACUGCUAGAAAUCGAAACCCCGUUCCGAUUAUGAUAUUCUUCGAAGAUGAUGAAUGAUGAUGAUGAAAUGUGGUAACUUUUUCUUUCUUUUGUUCUUCUUUUGUGUCGGGAAAGAAGAAAGACAAAGUUGUCUCUCCUUAACUCUACUGCUUAUUUAUUCCUGACUUAAAAGCAAAACAGAUUUAUGUCAA